AUGCAAAUGAAAGUUACAGAUAAAGGAGCUUAUUGUUUUCAAGUCUUGCUCAGAUUCCGCUUUUUUAAAAGGGAUGUCAGGGACUCGCCUCUAGUGGACAGGAGUGAAGUUCCAAGGUUGCUUGCCUCUGGGAUUGCCAUCAGGGAGAAGAGCAAUGCGCUUGGGAUAUACAGUGUCAGGAGUGACAUCGACAUUGAGCCACUUGCCAUGGACCUUCACUGGGUACACGAUCUUGUACUUGCCGUCAUCAGCCUUUUCGAGCGUCCACUUCUGGCUAGUGCCACUAACAGCCAACAUGGUUACGGAGAUACCAUUCCUGAUAAUAGCCAGAAACUGACAAAGCCUCCUGCCUGGCAAUAUCAUUCACGAACUUACAAGAGUCAAUGCCAAGAUGAAGAAACACCUGAUGAAAUCAAAUCGUACUUUAGCAUGGAUGAGAUUUUUGGGUUUUUAUUCCACUGGUUUGUUAUUGGUGAUAAGGAUUUUAUUCUUGAAUAUCAGGCGCAAUUAGUGGAGGCUGCAUUGGUCAAUGCUUCGAUCAACAAAUGCCUGUGUUCGUGGGACAAUGUGGGGAGCCCCAUGCCAGUCCUCUUAAUUGAAACACUCGAAACACGGCCUCUGGAUUCAUGGCCACUACUUCCAAAUAAUACUAUAUCUGCGGCGUACACAGAAAUACGAAGAUCGUCGAAUAAAGCGUAUCCAUUGGGUGAAUGUAUCAGUCACGUGGGAGGAUUUGUUGUGACUGGACAAGCUAAAGGAAUCUUAAAGCCUUUUAAGCUACAGGCGAGUCCACCUCACCUAGAAAGCACCACAGUCAGCCCUGUGGCUAGAUCAGUGCUCCUAUUCGAUUCGAAUAAGCUAUCCUGGAUCGAUUCGAAUGACGUGAAUGGUUCGAUUCGAGUAUUGAAUGGCUCGAGUAUCGAAUGGUUCGAAUGAAUCGAAUGAAUCGAAUUUAGAUAUCUAUUCGAAUGGUUCGAAUAGGAGCACCGCGCUGCAAUCGAUACUGUCUUUCUUUUAUUAAGGAAUGAUGGCUAUGGUGAACAUAAGUCUACUCUAAACUGCGGUUAUAUUCACCGUCUGUGUGGGUUAACAGCAUCAAGGAAGUUGCACGGUUAUGCUUUGACUUCAGUCAAUUGACCAUUUUCCUAUUUUUUUACCCC